UGUCUGCCUUUCUUUCCCUGCUUUGCUCCGACUGCAAAGGACACAAUGCACGUUCCCAACCCGGAGCCGCCGGCGGCGUGUCGGAGCUGACAGCUGAUGCUGGAGCCUCGCUGCGUCCCAGAUGCGGAGCCCCGGAUCCUGAGCGGACCAUGGGGCCAACACAGCCGCCGUCCCCGCCUCCGCCUCCUCCGCCGCCGCUGCUGCUGUUGCCGCUGAUCGGACUGCUGUGGUGCCGCUGCGUCCCGUUCUGUGCAGCGGCCUGCACAGAGCAGGUGGAGGUCCACACGGAGCGGAGGGGGGUCCUCUACAGCCCGGCCUGGCCCUUAAAUUACCCGCCUGGCCUCAACUGCAGCUGGCACAUCCAGGGGAGUCCGGGGGAAGUGAUCACCAUCAGCUUCCGUAACUUUGACCUCAUGGAGUCGGGAGGAUGCUCGGCGGACUGGCUGCUGAUGACACCGACGCGCAGCGGAGAGUCCAGGCUCUGCGGUUCCGUGCUGCCCCCUCCUUUUAUUUCCACCAGGGGGCGCGUUUGGCUCUAUUUCCACUCUGGGAGCAACAGCGCGGGCCAGGCGCAGGGCUUCCGUCUCUCCUACAUCAGAGGUCACCUCGGUCAGAGCAGCUGCCUGUCAGACGAGUUCCUGUGCGGGAACGGGAAGUGUCUCCCUCGCUCCUGGAAGUGCAACGGCCAGGACGAAUGCGGCGACGCCACAGAUGAACACGGGUGCUUCCCGCCUCCCACCGAGCCCCUCCCCAGCCUCUGCCCCCCAGGGUCCCUGCCGUGCACCGAGGCCCAGACCACCCGCUGCCUGCCCGCGGCGCUACGCUGCAACGGCAACCGAGACUGCCGAGACGGGAGCGACGAGCUGCGCUGUCCGGACACCACCUGCGGCAAGCGACUGGGGAACUUCUACGGCUCCUUUGCCUCGCCGGACUUCUUCCACGCCGACCGGAACUCCGUGACCGAGCUGAGGUGCUCCUGGUUGCUGGACACCCAGGACCCCAAGCCCAUCGUGCUGCAGCUGGACCUGCAGCUGGGGCCCGGGGAUUCCCUCCACGUUUACGACGGCCUGCUGCAGCGGGCGGAGCAUCUCUUGCAGGUGCUGUCGCAUCACAACAACCGGCGGCCGGCGCUGCUGGAGUCCAGCCGGGGUCAGAUGAGUGUCAUGUACAUGGCGCAGCCUCACAGCCCCGGGCGAGGCUUUAACGCCACCUAUCAGGUCAAAGGUUACUGUUUCCCCGGAGAGCACCCAUGCGGCAGCGAGCAGGGCUGCUACUCCGACCACCAGCGCUGCGACGGGUACUGGCACUGCCCGUCGGGCCGCGACGAGGAGGCCUGCGCCGUGUGCCCGGACGGGGAGUUCCCGUGCGAGGGAGGCGGCGGCGCGUGCUACGCGGCGUCCGAGCGCUGCAACAACCAGAAGAAGUGUCCGGACGGCUCGGACGAGAAGAACUGUUAUGACUGCCAACCCGGAAACUUCCACUGUGGCACCAACCUGUGCAUCUUCGAGGCGUGGCGCUGCGACGGCCAGGAGGACUGCCUGGACGGCAGCGACGAGAGGGACUGCCUGGCCGCCGUGCCCCGCAAGGUGAUCACGGCGGCGCUCAUUGGCAGUCUGGUCUGCAGCCUGCUGCUGGUCAUCGCUCUCGGCUGCGCCCUCAAGCUGCACUCGCUGAGGAACCGAGAGUACAGAGCGUUUGAGACUCAGAUGACUCGCAUGGAGGCAGAGUUUGUUCAGAGGGAAGCCCCCCCUUCCUACGGCCAGCUGAUAGCCCAGGGUCUCAUCCCCCCGGUGGAGGAUUUCCCAGCCUACAACCCCACCCAGGCAUCGAUGCUCCAGAACCUGCGGCUGGCGAUGCGCAGGCAGAUCAGGCGUCACUCGACCCGCCGCUCCUCCUCUUCCUCCUCCCGCCGGCGCCUCGGCCAGCUGUGGAGCCGGCUGUUCCGCCCCGCGGGUCGAGCCAGGGGCCACGCCGCCCUGCUGGAUCCUGCCCAACCCUCGCAGGUCACGCUGGGCCUCCACAGCUACCACACCGUGAGGGAGGAGGGAUCCCCGGGCGCGGCCGGGGUGGGGGCUGCUGUGCAAGACGCCGCUGAAGAUGGAGGCUCGUCGACCUCGCCUGCGGUCGACCUCCAGGCUAGCGCUCCUGAGAGCCCCGCGUCGCCGCUGUCCCCACACUCAGUGAACAGUUCCGACUCGGAGGCGCCAUCGCCCAUCGGCGGGGUUCCCCCGUCAGACCUGGCCGCUGCUCCCCCUUGCCAUCGCCGGCCAUCGAAGAAACUAGUUCUGGAACUCGCAAUUAACCUAAAGGGCGUUUCCUUAAAACGCUACUCGCCCGUGGGGCCGUUUUCCCCCGUGUCUCCUCCUGCGCCGGAGAGCAGCUUCUUGACGCAGCCGGAGCGACGUCACCCUCAGGGUUCAGUGGUGACGUCACCCUCUGAGAGCGGGCCUCCGUUAGUGGAAGGAGAGGAAUUUGACGGCCAUUUUUCCGUGGACGUGCCAAGUGAGGAAAGGAGCAAGGAGGACGGAGAGGGAGCAAGCUGACUCAGCAGGUUCCACACAGCGAGGAAGAUGAUGAUGAAGACUCAGGGAGGGAAGUGCCAUGAAACAUGAAAAGCUCUCAGUGGGGGAAGGCCGGACAAUGCUCUAAUCAAGUGUCCUUCUAAUGUGUCUGAGACCUUUCCUUUUCACUGACGGUUCAUAUUCUGACUGCUUACUACUCUAUCCUGAUGUGACUAAAACCAGCAAUGUGUGUUGUUAAUUUCUUUGUGAAGCUCACUGAGGAUUGGAACAACUCUGAUCAACCUGCUUAGGCCAACACAUAAAAAAAAAAUCUUUUGAGCAGCUACGUGUUGCUACCCAGAGCCAUUACACACCGCUACUGACUGUGAGCCUUGGAAGCCUAUGGACAAACUUCUUCCCCUCAAGAGAAUAUUUUACAAUCAUUUUUAACAUUUGGUCCCACGUUUAGGAAUGAAGGUGGAGAUAUUUAUUUCUCCUGUUUAUUUAUUGAAAAGGUGAAUCCUUAUUUUAAUCCAUUACUCAAUCAAAGCAAAAAGACAGUUAUUACAUACCUGGUUAGUUUCAUUCUCACAUCCAGGUUGUGAUGUUGAUUGUUGUUAGCAUAAUUAUGUUUGAUAUUUAUUUAUUGCUGCUUCGUGAUGCACCAUCUUCAGCUGAAAUGUGGAAUAAACAGCCUCAGAAUUUAGUUGUAGCUUACAAGAGAACAUUGCAUAACAAGCUGGUUAAUAAGUCAGGAUAUGUGUUCGGCUAGCUAGCCUCCGGUUAGCUACUUGACAGACGUGUACGACUGUAUGGUAGUUUUACCACAGCCUACGAGUGAUGGGUGGAACUCCCUUUAGUUUCAAAGGCAGGAUUUUUUUAAACGGUUUUCAUAAUCGGACAAAAAUAUAUAUAUUUCAGCCGAAUUUGUCUUUCUUGUAAGCAUGAGGAAAGUACAGGAGCCUUUUCAAGCCGGCUCAGUGGCAGUGUGCAAGCAACAGGUGGGGGAAGGGGAGCGCUAGACUCUAUGCUUGACGUAACCAGAGAAAAUUCUGGUCACUCCAGCGCUUUCUUUAAUAAAGAAAGUGUUGAUGUUAUGAUGGAAGAUUUUGAAACGUAAACUUUUUAAAGACCUUGGUUUACCUCGAUACCAGCACUAAUACCAUGACUAAUCCGAAUCAUGUCAUGUGACACGUAAGAAGUUUGUUAAAUUUUACUGUUUGACUCAAAUAAAUUAGUUGGUUUUAUAUUUUUUAAAAAUACUCUGUCUCUUUCAACUGAAUUAGCCACCAUGAACGCUUUAGCCACAUCACAUUUAUAGUUCAAUGGCUGUUAGCCGGCAAUUAGCUAGCUUAGCAUACAGACUGGAAACAGAAAAUGCUGGAUUUGCAGUGGUUUGCUCUUUUUCUGGACUGUGCGUUGAAUUGGAUACCUGCGGUUAUAGUAACUGUCAACAUUUGUCAAUAUCAAUAUUGUUCUUAAAUGUGUGCAGUGUACAUUAGGAAGUUAGCUUAGCGCAAACUGAGAAUUGGAGGAAGGGAUACAUUUUGCUGCGUCUUUCUGUUUUCAUCCUCUGUUAGGGUAACAGCUUGCUUCAGGUUUUAUAUUUAAUAUUUAAGUGAGGUUCCUCAAGAAGUUCUUUUACCUCAAAUAACUUGGCCUAAGCAGGGAAGCAGUUAGUUUAGCACAUUUAACAAUUGGUUUAAAAAAAAUAAAAUAAAUAAAAAGACUAAGCAGCUGUUUCCUCCUGGUUUUGAACUUUGUACUAGGCUUAUAUAUUUAAUAAGUUUUUUUAAAUUAAACUUAUUUUAACUUAUUUUGUGAAAUAUCAAAAAGCAGGCAACAGUUUCAGCUUGAAAGAUUUCUCCUGCGUUUUCUGCUGGCAAAAGAAUUUUCACCCCGUUUUUGGAUACAGCUCAAAAUUUUCGUUGGCAUUUCUUAUUUGGUAAGUCAUGAGUUUUUAAAUACCCAAACUGGGUUGGAUACUGAGGUCAAAGACCCCGGAUGUUGCCUGUAAACGUGCGCAGCCACGUUACGUGUUCUUUUGCUUGAAUAAUCCAAACUUUCUCUAUGUGAUUAUCCUCAAUGAUUGUGAAGACAAUGGAGACGAACGCUACGGAUCCGAUAUAAACUUCUCACUACGCUCUGUUCGUGGAACUGCUCGAGGAGAUGAUGGAAGUUUUUUUUCUAAUAUGAGACAAUAAAGAAAAUAACUAUUUUUCAGUUUUCGGUUAAGACUUGUGUGACUUCCCUAUUUUUUUUGCUCGUGUCUUUGGCGCGUUUUGUAAACGCCAUUUUUCGCUGGCAAGAGCCGCUUCUAAUUACGGCUGGACUACUAUAGAUUGUAAACGUAGUUUUUCUACUUACAUGUUGAACUGUCGCGCCAAUAUUUUUGCAGUAAAAAGAAGGAAUGGUUUAACUUUGUCCAGGAAAGCAAGAGACAUUGUUAGGAACUUAACGUGGGUUCUUAAAUGAAACUUUUAGUUUUUUCUUAUCCAGCUUGCUGAAUGUUCCAUGCUACCUUCUUCCACAGGCUUUGCCAACCUAUUCAUACCUCUUGAACAUUUUCACAUUUUGUCACGCGUCAUUCAGCCACUGUAUUGGAAUUUGAUGUGAUACACCAACACAAAGUAACACAUUGCUUUUGAAGUGGAAAGGAAAUGGCUUCACAAAUUAAAGUCUGGGAAGUGUGUCAUGAAUUUUUUGUUCAUAGGAGACUAUGAUGUGCAGCGUUACCUUUAAGCCACACAUAGAGUAUUGAAUGGCUUACUCUAUGGGUGAACAAAAAAAAAACCUGUAAAAGAAGAAUAUGAAUACUUUUUCAAAGCACUGUUCUUUUUUUUUGUGUGCUUUCAUAAAAAGCUGCUGCAUCAUGUCAUGUCGUGGAUUUUCUGUCAAAACUCAUUUGACAGCUGUGGUCGACUGUUUAUGAUAUUUUGCCUUCCUGGACGCGGUACGCUGUGAUUCGUUCGACUGGACGGUUCGGUUCGGUUCGAGCUCAUCGCUGCAUCAAAUCGACUGUCUUCUCUGGGGGCGGGGAAACAAUAUUCAUUUUGGUAAAAUGUUGUGUAAAUAUGUUUUUUUCCCCUCUGGUGACAUUUAAAAUCUCAGUAAGGUUUUGUUGUGUGGAUAAUCUAAAAAAGGUUGGGUUUCAUUUAACUUCCCAGAUGAAUUAAAUAAUUUCCAAUAUGUUAAUGUUUUUGUUCGAGCAUUGUUGAGUUUAUCUGAAUUAGGUGGAGAAUAAUUUAAGGUUUGUAAUUUAGGUCGGGUUGUUAUUGCCAUCGAUGUCUG